AGACAAACACACACAUUCUCUCCGCGUUGAACACCAUCUCCACUCUCCUCCUUCCUUCAGUUCUCUCUGAAUCUCCUUCAAUGGCGACUACCCCAUCGGUGCCACUGUUGAAAGAUGAGCUUGACAUCGUGAUCCCCACGAUCCGCAACCUUGACUUCUUGGAGAUGUGGAGGCCCUUCUUCCAGGGCUACCAUCUCAUCAUCGUUCAGGAUGGUGACCCAUCGAAGACCAUCAACGUCCCUGAAGGCUUCGAUUACGAGCUCUACAACCGCAACGACAUCAACAGGAUCUUGGGUCCUAAAGCCUCCUGCAUCUCCUUCAAGGACUCCGCUUGCCGCUGCUUCGGUUACAUGGUGUCGAAGAAGAAGUAUGUCUACACCAUCGAUGAUGACUGCUUUGUUGCUAAGGACCCAUCUGGCAAGGACAUCAAUGCACUUGAGCAGCACAUUAAGAAUCUGCUUACUCCAUCCACUCCACAUUUCUUCAACACCCUUUAUGAUCCUUACAGGGAAGGUGCUGAUUUCGUGCGUGGAUACCCUUUCAGUCUCCGUGAAGGUGCCCCCACUGCUGUUUCUCAUGGCCUUUGGCUCAACAUUCCUGACUAUGAUGCUCCAACACAGCUUGUCAAGCCCCGUGAGAGGAACACCAGGUAUGUUGAUGCGGUUAUGACCAUUCCCAAAGGAACAUUGUUCCCCAUGUGCGGUAUGAAUCUGGCCUUCGACCGCCAGCUGAUUGGACCUGCAAUGUACUUUGGACUCAUGGGUGAUGGCCAGCCUAUUGGACGAUACGAUGAUAUGUGGGCUGGGUGGUGCAUUAAGGUUAUCUGUGACCAUUUGGGCCUGGGAGUCAAGACUGGUCUUCCAUACAUAUGGCACAGCAAAGCAAGCAACCCGUUUGUUAACCUCAAGAAGGAGUACAAAGGCAUCUUCUGGCAAGAAGAGAUCAUUCCAUUUUUCCAAUCUGCUACCCUUCCAAAAGACUGCACCUCUGUUCAAAAGUGCUACAUUGAACUCUCCAAGCAAGUCAAGGAGAAGCUUGGCCCUGUUGAUCCCUAUUUCAACAAGCUAGGCGAUGCUAUGGUCACCUGGAUUGAAGCUUGGGAUGAGCUUAACAACUCGUCUGAAGAGGUCUCUUCAAAGCCUAAUGGGGCUGCUGCCAAGUGAACAACUUUGUAGUUGCAGGGCGUAGUUUACAAAUGGAGUUAGUUCCAUCUCAGUUUUAAUUUAUCAUCUUGGUCAUAGAUAUUUGUUGUCAUUAUUAUUUUUAUUGAUAUUGCUAGACUCUGCAGAGUGCCCAACAAUUUUAUUGAUAUUUAUGUCGUUAUUAUAUUGAUAUUAUUAUCCUUAUUGUA